UUUUUUUUUUUUUUUUUUUUUUUUUUUUUGUCCCCGGAGUCUGGCCCCGUCGCGGGGCAGGACAACAAAACCAGGCCAACGACGGGUGAGAAAAGAGCGACCAUACGAUGUGGAUCUGGUACCUUCUGCUGGGUUCGGGGUCAGGCUCGAGAACUGCUGAGAGCCAAAAGCUUCCUGGGAAUAACUUCACCACUGACUGUAACAGUCCUGGGAACUUCAUGUGUGGAGAUGGAAUGUGCGUCCCAAGUGACUGGCAGUGUAACAAAGUGCCCAACUGCGUUGACGGGAGCGACGAGAGAGGCUGUCCUAAGGUCAAGUCUAAGUGUUCUUCCACAUUCUUCGCCUGUGCUAAUGGUGUCCACUGCAUCAUCGGAAGGUUCCGCUGCAAUGGCUUCAGCGACUGUCCUGAUGGGAGCGACGAGGAGAACUGCACAGGCAACCCCCUCGUGUGCUCAGAGACUCGCUUCAAGUGUCGAAACGGCCGUUGUGUAGACCGAAGCUUUCUCUGCAAUGGCCAGAACAACUGUAUGGACAACAGUGAUGAGGAGCUCUGCCUGACCACAGCAGGUAGGUCUUCAAAUCUCCCAAGAAAACAUUCAUGCACAGGAAAUAUGAAUGCAAAUCUUUGUUUUUGUUUUUUUGUUUUUUUUAACAAAACUCGAAAUGGAAACUCUACCGUGGCAAAGAUAAUCAGCCUAAGAUUGAUGGUUAAUGAAGAACUCUGAACUGCAGCAGGAAAAAGGCUGAAACUAUUUUCAAGCAAUUUGAUUUGCCUUUUUCUUCAAACACACUGGUUAUGCCUGAUUAGGAACAUACUGUACCUUGCAAAGCUAUUUAUAAUCCUUAAACCUUUUUUACAUUUUGUCAUCUUACAACCGCAGACGUAAUGGGAUUUAGUGUAGAAGCAGAAUUAAACUAUAUGUGGUUUUCAAUAUUCCUUGCUAGCAUCUGGAAGGGUGCCAUGCAUAUGCAUUCACGCCCUUGUGCUAUGAUACCCUUGAAAAAAAUGUUAUGUACACAGAAAUCUCUAUGCAAUUUAUUCUCUGUGAAUAUGGCUUUUUUCUAGGGCGUCCCAGAGGUUUACUAGAAAACAUUAGUAAAAACAAAAGUACCAUCAGGACAAAUGAGCACUGUGGACAGAUCAAGAAUAAAUCUGAGGAGAAGCA